GGGGUCGACCGGUAUAAAUUCAACGUGAAAUCGCUGGUCGCCUCUUAAUUUUGAAACAAAUCGUGCCGACCGAUUCUAAUGAACGGGACGAGUCGGUGACAUCAUGAAACCGAGAGUGAUAGGACACAUAUUCUGGAUAGUGCAAUUCGUCGACGUCUGCAUAGGUGCGCCGAGGAUCUUGGCCACGGUUGGUUCCUGUCCUUGUCGAUCUGUCUCCGAAUGCCUUGAUAAAUCCGAGCUCCGUUACAACGACAGCCAGGUGUCGAUAUUGCCUUGUGAAAACGAAGAUUUCGUGAGAUGUUGCCCCACGUUUCCAACAGCAAUCGAAUUUGCAGAGACGAGUGAGAAUGUGCAAGAUCAGAGGAACAAACUCGAGGACGAAGCAGAUUUCAAUGAAAUAUUGAGCGCAUCCGAUUCGAUGCAGGUUGAAGAAACUCUCGAGGGAUCCUCGACGAGUAAAUUGGAACCUGAUGAAUCAUCCACAGAUGUACCCACACUAAGCUCGAACCCUCGAUCUUACGAAGAUCACAGUGAGCUGAGUGUGAAUGCUACGAAAAAGGAAGACGUUAAUAGUGCUCUUACUAUUGGAAACUACAAAGGUGUGUCGGAAUAUAUAGAAAAUUCUACGAGUUUUGCGUACGAAAAUCCGAAGCUGCCAUUGCAGCAACACGUUGCACGACAGCAGCAACCUCAGAAGACAGCAUCGACCUCAGAAUCGGGACCAUCGUAUGUUAGAAUAUCUAACAUGACUCCAACUCUUCGUUAUCGCCCUCAAGUACAAAGUGCGAGACGCGAAGAAUCCACGACAAUGAGAAAUGAUCGAUUCGUAAGACCGGAAGUGGGUCGGUUUGCAGAAGACAUCCAAGAGCCAUCGUACAUGAGUCUGAUCAGUCAAGUAACGAGGUUCCACAGUCAUAGGACGUCUCCGAGGAAACCAGUUCCGUUCGAAGGUGUAUACUGGAGGCAGCAAAACAAGAAAAUUAUGGCGAAAGACUUCGACGAUACAUACUCGUAGACACGGCCUUGUAUACACGGAUUUACGAAUCGAAGUGAUGCAAAGAUAACGGGAAAAGAUGCCCUCGUGUGACGUCACAAGAUAAUAUUUUUACAACAUUCAAACCUAUUUCAUUUUGUAACCAAUAAUUAUAAAUAAAUAACUUUGCUCUUGACAUCUGUGUAUUGUUUUUACUAUCUUUGAAACUAAAACAAGUUAUAAGAAAAUAAUAUAAUUUAUAUUUAAUAUAUCAAAAUUACUAUUUCCAAAAUACGUUACGAUGAGCAUUAUUUAAAAUUAUUAGAGUUGAAGUUAACAAUUAAUAAAGCAAAAUAUGUACACUAAAGUCUGUAUACUAAAGACUCAACGACAAAGUUCCGUCGUUACUUUGCCCUCAUGUGACGUCACAUAGAUUUUAUCUUUGCUUCAAAGCAUUUGUCUGAAGCCGUGUCUAUAA